UAAAACACUUUGCAAGCCUGCAAAAUAUAUAUUUUAAGAAUAAAGUUUAUAUCGUCAUUGCUGUCGCGCAUUUGAGAUUAUUCUGAUAUAAGUUCAAAGUUUUUAAAUUCGAUAUGGAAUUCACGGUAAUCAACACUGCCGUCAUACGAUCUGGCCGAGAUGACGGUUAUCAUAAUGAUUUGGAUGCUACGCAGACAUUCGAACACUUGGGAUGUCUUGAUCUCAGUUGUUCAAAUAUACUGCAUAUGGCCAAUUUUUGUUUGAUAUCAUCAUCCAAUCUUACAUCGUUAAAAUUACCAGUCAAUCGUAUUGAAAAAAUUUGCAAUCUCGAUUCCUUUACUAAUCUUAUUGAAUUGGACCUGUCUCAUAAUCAUAUCAAACAAAUCGAAAAUCUACAGGGAUUAGUUAAGUUGCAGCGUUUGAUUUUAAAUCACAAUCCAUUGACAAAAAUUCAAAAUUUGGAUACACAACGCGAUUGCUUAGAAAUGCUAGACAUAGGAUAUUGCAAAAUAACUGAUUAUAAAUUUACUUUAUACCUAAAAAAAUUUACAAACCUCAUAUCGCUUGUAGUAGAAGGUAACCCGUGCCAAAUAGAACCGAUUGACUCGGAACGAACAUUCAUACUUUCGAUUGUACAAUCGUUACUGGUAUACAAUAAUAAAACUAUUACAGUUGAAGAAAGAAAAAAAACUCUAGACGUCCACAGUCAACUGAUUACUAUGCUCGAAAAAAACGACAGAAAAUGGAAACGAAUGUCAGUGGACGAACAACUGCGACUAGAACGGAUGGUAGACAGAAAGGACGCGUUUUUAGAUAGGAUCCCGGAAGGCGAAGACGUCGAUUUCAAUAUGAGCGUAUUUCACAACACAACUGUAGAACAAGUUUUGAAGGAAAACGGUCGUUACGGGAUUCAUAACGUUUACAGAACAUACGCAGACGACUUUAGACGAGUGGUAAAUGAAAUAACGGAAGCUGCGGAGACAAGCCGCGGGAUCCGUUCUCAACUGGUCAACGAAUUUCACAGGGAGCUGCAGCAGUUGAUCAACAGCGGCGUGGACGAAAGUAGAAAGUGCGUUUCGGAGUUCGCAGAGUACAAAAAACGUGUGAAAUGCGAUUUUCCAGCAGGCAGCGACGACGGUGGGAAUUCAAAAACGAACGAUGAUAUCGCGUGCAGACGUUUUGACGAGAGGACGCAAGCGACGUGGCUCGCGCUGAUGAGCCACGAAGACAAAUUAUCCAGAAAAAUAAUGAAAAUGAUUGGUGAAUUACGGAACGUACUCGAAAAACAGAUUGUCGAAUUCAAACAGUUGGUUAAAAAACGAUUUUGUACUUUGCAAAGACAGCAAAACAUAUUCUUGCAAUUUAUUUUAGAGUAUGCUGUAUCUUCUGUGCAAAGCGAUGACAUAAAUAAUAGAAUUAGUAAAGUGUCACAGUUUACAAACGAUAUUUCUCAAUGUAUGGAAUCGCAAGCUUCGCAAGUAGAACGCGCUGAACUAUACAUAACAGAAAGUGCUUCCAAAUGGCUAGACGACAUAUUUGAAAAAUUGAACAGCGAAGAAAUCCAAAGAAAUCGUCGGAAGAUAUCAGAAAUCGCUACAUUUAUCCGUUAUCAAAACGAAAUAUCGAAACUUACAGUCUUAGCAGUUAAAAAAGUCUAAUAUGUUAGCAGUUAAAUAGUUUAUUAAUGCCUAUAUAUUAUGGUAUGAAAUUUUGAAGAUAUAGUGUAUAGUUAAU